AUGUCACGAAACAUCGCUCCGGGCACAAUAUCCUCUCCAUCAGACAUCAUUGCGUACCACGUCGACAACGCUGAGCCACUUGAUCCUAAAUCAUCCCCGGGAUACGCCGAGCGCUGUAUACAUAGCGAGAUCUAUAAAAUGUACCCGGAGACUCAAAGCGUCAUCCAUAGCCAUUCAGAUGCUGUAGUUCCCUACAGCAUAACGGGUGUUCCUUUAAAGCCUUGCUUUCAUAUGGCGGGCUUCUUGGGGGAAACGACUCCUGUAUUUGAUAUAAGGAAGCACAUCAAAACAAGCGAUUGCCCCGAUAUGCUCGUCAGGAACGUCCAUCUAGGCGCCAACCUUGCCACGCAUUUCUCGAGCCAGGACCCGGGGAAAUCUAACCACGCGGUUGUCCUCAUGCGAGGCCACGGCUUCACUGUUAUUGCACCAGAUAUCAAGCAAUGUAUUUUGCGAGCGAUCUACACGCAGAAGAAUGCGACUAUACAGACAACCGCCCUGAUAACCCGAGCAGCACAUUUUGGCGCGGCGAUAGAUAAUGCGGCCGAAAUAUGUUACCUUAGUGGAUUAGAGGCAGACGCUUCAACAGAAAUGACCUCUUGGUCCGUGCAGAGGCCAUGGGAACUGUGGGUUAAGGAGGUGGAAGUGGCAGGUCUGUAUGUCAAUGCUGCUUCACCCUGA